AUGGGCUCGUUCGGUGAGGUCACGGAGUUCGGUCACGGCUUCAAGGCUCAAUUCCUAUUUGAUCCCAAAUAUAACAACUUGAAUCACGGAUCGUUCGGUAGUUACUCACUUCCGGUCCGCAAUGCGCUGCGUGGGUAUCAGAAAUUGGCCGAGGCAGCCCCAGAUAAAUUCCUACGGUAUCAAUAUAUUGAUCUGCUGGACAAAUCGAGGGAGCGGAUAGCAAAGCUCCUCAACGUCCCCACGGACGAGUGUGUUUUUGUCCAGAACGCCACUUCGGGUGUCAAUACCGUUUUGCGUAAUCUCCAGUACAAGGAGAAGGACUGCAUCAUCUAUUUCGAUACUAUCUACGGAGCAAUUGAGAAGACGUUGGCUUCCAUUGUCGAGACGAACCCGCAACUCCAACUUCGCAAGGUCGGACAUGGGCAAGACUUUGCCUACUCACUCCCUUGCACGCAUUCCGAGAUCCUCAAUGCCCUGUCUCAAACUAUAUCGCGAGUACUGUACGAUGGGCUGAAUCCCAAGGUUUGUGUCUUUGAGACCAUCGUGUCUUUGCCCGGUGUGCGGUUCCCGUUCGAAAGGAUCACCAGAAUGUGCAAAGAAUAUGGUAUUCUUAGUUUGAUCGAUGGGGCCCACGGGGUUGGCCAGAUACCCCUGAAUUUGUCCCAGCUCGACGCCGACUUUUUCGUCAGCAACUGCCACAAGUGGCUAUUUACCCCACGAGGCUGCGCCGUCUUCCACGUGCCCAAGCGUAAUCAACACCUCAUUCGAACCACGUUUCCGACCUCACAUGGCUUUGUGCCCCAGGCCUCCUCGUCCAUUCGGAAUCCUCUCCCCCCCAGCGACAAAUCAGACUUUGUCAAUCUCUUCCAAUUCGUGGCGACUGCUGACAACACGCCUUACUAUUGUGUCCCGGCAGCCCUCAACUUCCGGCAAAAUCUUUGCGGCGGUGAGGAGGCCAUCUACAACUACAUCCGGGACAUCGCUCAAAGGGGCGCCGACCUCCUGGCUAUGCUUCUCGGAACUGAAGUUAUGGACGACUUGGACGCGGGAUACGGGUUGCGCACCAUGGGAAGCUACGAAGCCCGUGAUAAACGGGACGGCGGACGUAUCGGUUGGGCGGGCGGCCUCAGGGACUGUGCCAUGGCCAACGUGCUCCUGCCAAUCACUAUCAUCGGCGCCUAUUCUCGGGGAAGCCUCAGCAUGGGACCCGGUGGAGCCGGAAGCGCAGGUGGGCUGUCUCCCGCGUUUCGACAGUCGUCGUAUGGGUUCCCUAGCCCCAGCGUUGCUGCCCAGCUCCGAUCAUCUUCUGCGGGCUCAGGAGGGAAUCUUGGCGAACCCAGACGUUCCAAUUCGCCUCUCAAUUCUCCCAGCCUCCAUUCUGCAGGCCCGAUCAUCAUCCAGGAAGCAGACGUGGCCACCCAUAUCGCCUGGAUGGAAAAGAUCCUGGUGGACGAGUACAACACAUUCGUGGCCAUCUACGAAUACGACGGCAAACUCUGGACUCGAAUUUCGGGUCAAAUCUAUCUGGAACUCAGGGACUUUGAGUGGCUAGGAGGAGUGCUCAAAACGCUGUGCGAACGAGUGCGAAACGGAGAGUCUUUGCGGGGUAGAGGCAGGACUCCGGGGAUUGAGAGGGCCGACUUUGAGGCGUUGAGUUUGAAGUCACCUUUUGCGUCGCGAACAAACACUGGUGAGGUGCUGAAGAGGUUCGAUGUGACCCAGGGGGGAUGGGUCGAAGCACGAGUGGAUGGAUGA